AUGGAACACAAACCAUUUACUGCCACUUCGACAACUUAUGCAAUCCUGCAAUGUCAGGUGACGGACGUGAAGAGUCUGCUGGAAGGAUGUGACCGACUGACCGGCAUGAAUGUGACUAGCGUUGGUGGCACUAUCGUCAAUGAUCAUAACUGCGAUGUGCUUCUACCCAAACAAGUCUUCGCAGAAGAGCCUUUAUUUCAAUAUGAAUUAGCUGAUUCUAAGAAGUUCUACACAAUUUUAAUGGUUGACCCUGAUGCUGCGCCACAGAUCGAGGGAGAAUUUUUCAUGCAUUUAUUGAAGUCCAAUAUACCCGGUCUUGCACUAAAAGCAAGGGAGAGCAGUAAGACCGUCGGCAUAGAUUAUCGAGGGUACAAGUCGCCUUCGCCGUCUCGUGGCACAGGUCCUCACCGGUACAUGAUCCUACUAUAUGAACAAGGAGACGGCAACAACUUCCUACCAACCGUGCCGCCGCGAAGUCGCUUCACACUUGCCAAUUGGCUUCGCGGGAAGAAUCUCUGCGGGCCAGUCGCUGCGACCCAAUUCCGAUUACAAUUUUAA